AUGGCUAACUUAGCAAACACCACGGAAGCAAAUGCUGCUGCGACUCUGCAAGCUGUGCAGAGGUUAGGCCAACCGGCGGGGAAUGGCAAUGGGAACGGAGAAGGAAAUGCCAAUGAUAAUGCUGAGGGAAACAGCGAUAACAUGGGAGUAGUUCUGAUGACCUUGGCAACGUUCCUCAAGGCGCAGCAUGUUCCACUCAAUCAGUAUGUAGAGUUUGCCACUUAUCAGCUAGCGGGAGAAGCCCAGCCCUGGUGGCAAGCUGAGUGUCGUGUGCUACAGCUUCAGAACGCUGACAUUCCAUGGGAGGUGUUUCAAACUGCUUUCUAUAAGAAGUAUUUCCCUGAGUCUGCAAGAGAAGCGAAGGAGAUGCAGCUAAUGCAGCUGAAGCAAGGUUCCAUGUCUGUGGCUGAGUACACCAACAAGUUCGAAGAGCUUUGUAGGUUUUCUCGGGUGUGUCAGGGUGACCCAGAGACUUUUGAGAGCUGGAGAUACAUUAAGUACCAAAGGGGUUUGAAGGACAACAUUAUGACUGCUGUGGCUCCUAUGGAGAUCCAUGUCUUCUCCGACUUGGUGAAUAAGGCUAGAGUAGUGGAGGAGUAUGCCAAGACAGUGGUGGCAUCUAAGGACACUCAUAGAGGGAGUUCUAGUCGGGGGCGUGGCAGGUACCUUCAUCCGAGAGGACAAAGCUUCAAGAGAGGAGUAUAUGUGCCUCAAGGUCAAGGAGGCUUCAGAAAGAACACACAUGACCAGAUUCAGCGUGGCAAAGGGAGAGGAAAUCAGAGUAAGAGUUCUCCAGAUUUGACUUAUGUACAUUGUGGGCGUUUCCAUCCUUAUGACUCAUGCAAAAUUGGUUUAGGUGGUUGUUUCAAUUGUGGGUUGCCUGGCCACAUUGCGAGGGAUUGCACUCGUGGGAGGAAUCAGAAUGCGGGCCAGAGUCAGCAUCAAGUUGCAUUAUAUGAUACUGGAGCUUCGCAUUCGUUUAUUUCGUUUGCUAAAGUUGAGGAAUUAGGCUUGAAAGAGUCAGAAUUACCUUUUGAUCUGCAUGUACACACUCCACAUCAAAUAGUUAUGACUAGGUUAGGUUGUAGACAAGUAAGUUUUAAGCUUGAGGGUAGAGACUUUGUGCAUGAUUUGAUUUGUUUACCAAUGGUGGGGCUGGAGAUGAUUUUGGGGUUUGAUUGGUUGUCGAAGAACCGGGUUUUGUUGGAUUAUUUUGAACGGACAAUUCGGUUUAUGUCGGAAGGAAAAAAUGGAGCAGUGGUAGCUACGGGGUAUUACCUGAACUCUGUAAUGGUGCAUUGUAGUGGGGAGGAGUGUCAGGGUUAUGUUCUGUUUGCUGCUAAUGCGUUGGGUGAUGCCCAGAACUUAGAUCAGAUACUGGUGGUUAGAGAUUUUCCAGAAGUAUUCCUGGAAGAUAUCCCUGAGUUUCCACCUCCGAGGGAAAUUGAAUUUGCGAUCGAAUUGGUGCCGGGAUCCGGGCCAGUGUCGAUUGCGUCGUAUAGAAUGGCUCUGAUAGAGCUGGCAGAGUUAAAGACUCAGUUGGAAGAGCUUCUGAACAAGAUGUUCAUUCGGCCGAGUGUAUCACCGUGGAGAGCGCCAGUUUAUUGGUGA